AUGACAUAUGGGUUGGGUGUUGAAAUCAAACAACUUUGUGGACUACUUAUGGCACGACAUAGUGGUGCAAUCAAUGGAUUCGCUAGUGAGUUCCAUGUUAUCCCAGAAAUUGGUGUCCGAAUCUUUGCUGUGGCAACUCUGAAUCUCAUCUAUUCUGUAAUUAACCAAUUGUUAAAUGUUAUCUCUCAAAGUAUCAUAUCACAAUACUUCCAACUAUCUCCACGAGUAGCUUACAAUGUAUUGGCACCUAAGAAUGCUAGGUUACAAAUGAAAUCAGUUCUCAAGUGUCAACCAAUUCCAAAAGAGAUUAAAAAUAGAGUUCUUGGUUAUUAUAAGUUGAUGGAUGGUAAUCAAAAAAAAGAUUUCUUACCACUUCAAAAUCUACCAAUAGUACAACCAAAGAUUAUACAAGAAAACAUUUGUCACUGCCAAUCUUUCUUGGAUAUCACCUGA